GUCGGGUCUCUAUAUAAGGAACCACAACAAAAACAACAUCAACAUCUCUCGUUAUACCCAAGACACCUGCACGCUAAGAAAGCUUGGAAAAAUACAAGACAAUACUUCAAAACAAAACAAGAACUUGAUCAACUUUGACACUACGCAUAUCCGACAAAAUGCCUCUCGUUGUCCCCGGCGUUACCACCAACGACCCCGCGGUCCAGAAGACGGAGGAGUGGAUGAACAAGUUGUGCGGCAAGACACUCGCUGACCACACUUCGGAGACUACCUUCUGCAAGUCCGAUCUCCCAAAGCCAACCCGCAUCAUCGAGCCGGGUUCGAUGGUCACGAAAGACUUUAACCCUGACCGUCUCAACGUACAUGUCGGCGAGGAUGGGAAGGUCAGCCACGUUGUCCACGGUUAAGGGGGAACAAAGAGCGGUGAUGGAAUGGCUAUACCAGGCUUGAGGAUAUGAUGGCAUGACCUGGAGUUGUGAAGCGAGCGAGUUAAUGAGUUAUGGAGAUAGCAGCAUGGCGCUGUGUUUAACGAAUGCGACGAAUUCAUAUAAA